UUACUACGGGAGACAGAGAAGCUCCAGCCUCUAGGCAAUGAAGUCUUCUAACACAAGCAAUGAAACGUCGAAUUUGAAGUUUUUUCAAUCGUUUUGCUAGGCGUAUUUGCUAUAAUUGCAGUCGGCGUUUGAAUUCGUGAGACUAUAAGAUUUUGAGCGUCUUAGUGAUACGUAACUGUGUGUCGUUAGGCUCUUAACACCAACUGCUAACUAGCUAAGCUAACGCUAUAGGCUUACAAUCACCAUGUCGAGGCCGCUUGAUGUCGACUGAAAAUAUUAGCUCGCUUUAGCCUACCAGUUUGCUAACCGACGUUAGGUUGCUGUGCUGUUAUGUUAAGUCGGAUAAGUACACUGUAAACACUUUGUGUAACUUACAGACGUCCGUAAACGUUGUCACCACCAUCAUGUUUAUUUAUCUCAGCAAGAAGAUUGCUAUUCCCAGCAAUAUCCAUCUAAAAUGUGUCUCCUGGAACAAAGAUCAAGGCUUUAUUGCCUGUGGAGGAGACGAUGGGCUCCUGAGAGUACUGAAGCUUGAGACCCAGACAGAUGAUGCCAAACUCAAAGGUCUUGCUGCACCCAGUAAUCUAUCAAUGAACCAGACUCUAGAGGGACACAGCGGUGCAGUGCAAGUGGUCACAUGGAACGAACAAUAUGAAAAGCUGACAACCAGUGACCAGAAUGGACUCAUCAUUGUAUGGAUGCUUUACAAAGGUGCGUGGUAUGAGGAGAUGAUCAACAACAGGAACAAGUCGGUGGUGCGGAGCAUGAGCUGGAACGCUGAUGGUCAAAAGAUCUGCAUUGUGUAUGAAGAUGGGGCAGUCAUUGUUGGAUCUGUAGAUGGAAACCGGAUUUGGGGAAAGGAGCUCAAGGGGAGUCAGCUUGCUCAUGUGGCGUGGUCGCCAGACAGCAAGAUCCUCCUCUUCGGCAUGGUCAAUGGAGAAGUACAGAUCUAUGACAAUCAAGGAAAUUUUAUAAUGAAAAUGACCAUCAGCUGUCUCAGCAGUGCGACUGGAGCUGUGAGUAUAGCAGGUAUCCACUGGUAUGCAGGAACCGGGGGUUACGUGGAGCCCGACUGCCCAUGUCUUGCCAUCUGUUUCGACAGUGGGAGGUGCCAGAUUAUGCGUUAUGAGAAUGAUGAAAACCCGGUGUGUCUAGACACUUUGAUGAAUGUGGUCAGUAUCCAGUGGAACCAUUGUGGCAGUGUGUUGGCAGUGGCAGGUUCCCUCAGAGCCUCAAAUAUGGAGAAAGAGUUCAAUGUGGUGCAGUUCUACACCCCAUUUGGAGAGCAUCUGAGAACUCUCAAAGUGCCCGGGAAGCAGAUGUCAGGAGUUGCCUGGGAGGGAGGAGGGCUGCGAAUCAGCCUGGCUGUGGACUCCUACAUCUAUUUUGCCAACAUAAGGCCAGAUUACAAGUGGGGCUACUGUUGCAGCACCGUGGUGUACGCCUACACAAAGCCAGAAGGGCAAGAGUACUGCGUGGUAUUCUGGGACACCAAAAACAAUGAGAAGUUUGUGAAAUAUGUCAAGAGCUUGAUAUCAAUCACUACAUCGGGGGACUUCUGCAUCCUGGCCAGCAAAGCAGAUGACACCCAGCCUCAGGAGGAUGCUGAGUUAGAGUCUGGGAAUCAUGCAAGGUAUGUCCUGAUUCUGUGCAACUCCAUUGGAACUCCACUGGACUCAAAAUACAUUGAGAUUGAUCCAAUAUUUGUCACCAUGACCAAGACGCAUGUCAUUGCUGCAUCCAAAGAAGCUUUCUACUUGUGGCAAUACAGAGUGGCAAAGAAACUGACUGCCCUGGAGAUCAACCAAGUGACCAGAACAAAGAAAGAGGGAAGGGAAAGGUUCUAUCACAUUGACAGUAGUCCAUCUGGAACCGGGGACAGUGGUCCAGAUUUUGCUAAAGCCUUCACAGCCACUCGAGAUUCAAUCUGCUGCAUUACAGCAACAGAUAAGACUCUGAUUGUGGGUCGUGAGUCUGGCACCAUCCACAGAUACAGCCUUCCAAAUGUUGUUCUCAUCCAGAAAUACACUUUGAACAACAGAGCCUAUUAUCUCUCCUUGAACUGCAAUUCCAGUCGUCUGGCCAUAAUCGAUAUCGCAGGCGUGUUGACUUUGUUGGACCUGGAGGUUCGUGCAGCCACAGACGACAGGACAGGAAACCAGGCAUCUGCAGGGGAUCCAUCCAAGUUUGAGCGCAAAGAUGUUUGGGACAUGAAGUGGGCAAAUGACAACCCUGAUCUGUUCGCCAUGAUGGAAAAGACCAGGAUGUAUGUCUUUAGGAACCUAGACCCAGAGGAACCCAUCCAAACAUCUGGAUACAUCUGCAACUUCGAGGACCUGGAAAUCAAAUCUGUCUUGCUUGAUGAAAUCAUGAAGGAUCCAGAGAGACCAAACAAAGACAACCUCAUCAACUUUGAAAUCCGCUCUCUAAGAGACAGCCGCACACUGAUUGAAAAAGUAGGCAUUGAAGACGCUUCACAGUUCAUUGAAGACAAUCCUCACCCAAGACUCUGGCGACUGCUGGCUGAGGCAGCCCUCCAGAAACUGGAUCUAAAGAUGGCUGAGCAGGCUUUUGUGCGCUGCAAGGACUACCAGGGCAUUGAGUUUGUGAAGCGCCUGGGCAACCUGCAAAGUGAACCCAUGAAGCAGGCAGAAGUGGCAGCUUACUUUGGCAGGUUUGAGGAAGCUGACCGCAUGUAUCUGGAUAUGGAUCGCAGGGACCUUGCCAUCAGCCUCAGGAUCAAGCUAGGAGACUGGUUCAAGGUGCUGCAGCUGCUCAAAACUGGUUCUGGGGACUGUGAUGAUGCUCUCCUUGAACAAGCAUACAAUGCAAUCGGAGACUAUUUUGCUGAUAGACAGAAAUGGGUCAAUGCAGUGCAGUACUACAUUCAGGGCCGUAACCAGGAGAGACUGGCAGAAUGCUACUACAUGUUAGAGGACUAUGAUGGCCUUGAAAAGCUGACUGCCCUUCUGCCAGAGAAUCAUAAACUGUUGCCGGAGAUUGGACAGAUGUUUGCCACUGUGGGCAUGUGUGAGCAGGCUGUGAACGCCUAUCUUAAGUGCAACCAACCCAAAGCUGCAGUUGACACAUGUGUCCAUCUGAACCAGUGGAACAAAGCAGUGGAACUGGCCAGGACCCACAACAUGAAGGAGAUUAAAUCUCUUCUCUCCAAAUAUGCUUCACAUCUUCUUGAGAAGAAUAAAACUCUAGAGGCAGUGGAACUGUAUCGGAAAGCUCACCAUUUUCUUGAAGCUGCCAAACUCAUGUUUAAGAUCGCAGAUGAGGAGGCUAAGAAAAGGACCCGACCUCUGAGGGUGAAGAAGCUUUAUGUACUGGCAGCACAUCUUGUUGAAAAUUACCAUGAGCAGGUGAAAACAUCACAGCAGAGCAAAGCCAAAGGAAAGAAGUCUGAGGCAACAUUUGCACUUGCUGGGCUGCUUGAGGAAGAUGCAACGUCUUCAGACAGUCGUAUCGUGGACAAUGCCUGGCGUGGAGCAGAGGCAUAUCACUUCUUCCUGCUUGCUCAAAGGCAGCUGUAUGGCGGGUACAUGGAGAAUGCCAUGCGCACAGCCCUUCACCUGCGCGAGUAUGAGGACGUCAUCCCUGCAGUGGAGAUCUACUCUCUGCUUGCCAUUUGCUCCGCAGCCAGCCGGGCUUUUGGCACAUGUUCACAGGCCUUCAUCAAACUGGAAUCCCUGGAGAGCCUGGACGCUGAGCAGCGGCAGCUUUAUGAGGACCUGGCCCUGGAGAUCUUCACCAAGCAUACCCCCAAGGACAGCCGCAUGCUGGAGCUGGACAGGUCCUCAGAGGGGAUGGAGGGAAAAUUACCCACAUGCAUUGUGACAGGUCUGCAGAUCCAGGAGUACCAGUUUUGGAUGUGCAGUGUGUGCAAACACUGCGCUCUAGAGCAGGAGAUCAGCAAAUACAACUGCUGCCCACUGUGCCACACUGCUGUAGCAUGAAGCCCAAAACCUCAAGUUUCAUAAGAACAGUUAUUUUCACACUUUGUUUCACACAUUGUUUCAUUGUUUCAUCAUAUAUAAAGUGUGUGUGUGUGUGU